UCCAUUGAAGAAGCUUCCUAACCUGACCAGUCAACAAACCCAAACCUCUCUCUCUAUUCCAUCCCUACAAAUACAAAUCCUCACACACCAAAUCGCCUCACCAUUGUUCUCUGCUCCUGAAACCUCUGCAGAGCUCUCUCUCUCUCUAUCCUUCUUUAUACUCUCUAUCCUUCUUUCUUUCUACUCUGAAGUAGCUUCAGGAACCGAACAAUGGCAAAACCCAUCUUCGUUUCCCUCCUGUUUCUCUCUCUAGCCUGCUCUAUACUCACCCCCACCUCUGCACAAACAUGUCGAAGUCAAACUUUCACUAAUAACAGGGUCUACCAAUCAUGCAAUGAUCUCUCUCCGUUGAGCUCCUAUCUCCAUUGGAAUUACCACUCUGCGAAUAAUUCAGUGGACAUAGCCUAUAAAGCCCCGCCUGCUGGUUCUAAUGGAUGGGUGGCUUGGGCCCUUAACCCUCUUGGUUCAGGAAUGCUAGGUGCUCAAACUUUGUUCGGUGUCAUGCAACAAGAUGGAACUGCAGUCGCUUAUACUUGUCCUAUAGGGAGGAACAAUUACAAUCCAACUAUUGAGAAUCAAACUUUGAGUUUCGAUGUUUCGAAUUUGUCGGCAGAGGCUUCGAAUGGAGAGAUUACGAUCUUCGCAAGCAUCGCGUUGCCUUCUUCAGGGAGUAUUAACCACGUCUGGCAAGCAGGGAGCUCGGUUUCGGGGAUAAUUGCCCAAAGUCAUUCAACAACUUCCACUGCGAAUCGUAAUUCGAAGGGGUCGAUAAAUUUUGCAACAGGGGCAGGAACGGCAACAAGCGGGGAUUCAAGGAUAAAGAGGAGAAACACCCAUGGAGUGCUAAAUGCCAUAAGCUGGGGCAUUUUGAUGCCUAUGGGUGCCAUUAUCGCAAGAUACAUGAGGGUUUUCAAGUCAGCUGAUCCAAUUUGGUUCUAUCUCCACGUUGCCUGCCAAACCUCUGCAUACAUUGUGGGUGUUGCUGGUUGGGGUACCGGUCUCAAGCUCGGGAGUGAAUCUGUCGGCAUAGUACAAAACCCACACCGAAACAUCGGAAUUGCUCUCUUCUGUCUUGGAACCCUGCAGGUGUUUGCAUUGCUCCUGAGGCCACAAAAGGAUCACAAAUACCGAUUUUACUGGAAUGUGUACCACCACUCUGUUGGGUACACAGUUAUCAUCCUGAGCAUCAUUAACAUCUUCCAGGGAUUCGAUAUCCUACAACCCAAGAAGACAUGGAAGAAUGCAUACAUUGGAGUUAUUAUUGCAUUAGGUGCUGUGGCUGUUCUUCUUGAGGUUAUCACAUGGAUCGUCGUCUUGAAACGCAAGCCGAGGACUUCCUCUGAGAAGUUCCAGCAUGGAUCGCACACAGUUAACGGGCAAGGUAGCCAACACCAGGUGGUCUGAGAGAGAGAGACAGAGAUGUUAUGGCUUUGUAGAUGUGAAUUUGCUUCCCAUUGUGACGAGCCUCUGUGGUUCUUUUGGGGCUGUGCUAGGAUGGUGGAAGCUGAGAUGGUAGAUUAGGAGAUAUUCUUUUUAGAGUGAGUUUUUUUGUAGCAGCCCUUGCUUGGGUUCAUUUCUUUCCUUUUUUGGUUUUGAUAUAUGUUUUCCACAUGUUACAUAUGUUUAUUUGAGGACAUUUAUUCCAUUAGAGAGCACUCUUCCUUUUA